CCCCGAACCCAGAGCGCUCCGUCCGUCCGUCCGUCCGUCCGUCCGUCCGUCUGUACGUCCGACCCCGCGGUCGCGAUGCUCCGCUGCCCGGUCCGGCCCCGUUCCCUAUCGCUGCUCGGGCCGUGGCUGCUGCUGCUGCAGCCUCUCUGUGCUCAUGGCCACCUGGCCAAGACAUUGGGCUACCUGGAGUUGGGACCAGGGGGGCUGCUCAAGCACAGCCCCUAUGGCGCCCUGAAGCCCCCCCCGGUGCUGCUGCCUGCAGAGCCCCCCCGCAGCCCCUGGGAUUGGCAGCAAAAUGGGACGGGCAGCGACCCGCCCAGCAUCGCCCGCCGCAAACCCCCCCUGAAAUCCUCCCGUUCCAAAAAGAUCUUUGGUUGGGGGGACUUCUACGUCAGCAUCCAAACCCUGAAAUUCAGCCUUCUGUUGACGGGUAAAAUCGUGGACCACGUCAAUGGUACCUUCAGUGUCUACUUUCGUCACAACUCCUCUAGUCUCGGCAACGUGUCAGUCAGCAUCGUCCCCCCCAGCAGGGCGGUGGGUUUCGAGAUGCUGCUGCCGGCCCAACUCCCUCCUCCACCUUUACGCCCAGCUCCAGCCCAGCAAAGCACCCUUCCCGAGGGGCGAUCCAAAGCUCUCAAUUGCCACGUGGAAUACGAGAAAACGGACCGUGCGAGGCGGAACCGUCCCUGCCUGUACGACCCCAGCAAGGUUUGCUUCACCGAGCACACGCAGAGCCGCGCCGCAUGGCUGUGUGCCAAACCCUUCAAGGUCAUCUGCAUCUUUGUCUCCUUCCUCAGCAUCGACUACAAGCUGGUGCAGAAGGUCUGCCCCGACUACAACUUCCAGCACGAGCAUCCCUACUUUGGCUGAGAUGGGGAGAGGGGAGGGGGGGGGGGAUGUCCAUGUGGUGCUCUGUGCAGUGUGGGGGUCAGGGUCCCCAUGGGGCUCAGUGCCAUGUGGAAGGGUCCUCAUGGGGCUCUGUCCAUGGUGGGGUUCCCAUGGGGCUCAAUGCAAUGCAGGGGGGUCCUCAUGGGGGUGAAUGCCAAGGGGGAGGGGGUCCCCAUGGGCUCUGUGCCAUGGUGGGGUGGAGGUCCCCACGGGGCUCUGUAUCAUGUGGAGGGGGUCCCCACUGGGUUCAGUGCUGUGGGGGGAUCCUCAUGUGGCUCAGUGUAAUGUGAGGGUCAGGGUCCUCAUGGGGCUCCAUACCAUGGUGGUGUGGAGGUCCUAUGGGGUUCUAUGCAUUGUGGAAUGGCCCUCAUGGGGCUCUGUGUAAUGCAGGGGGGUCUCCAUGGGGUUCUGUGUAACGUGGGGGGGUCCCCACUGGGCUCAGUGCAUUGUGGAAGGGUCCUCAUGAGGCUCUGUGCAAUGUGAGGGCCAGGGUCCUCAUGGGGCUCUGUGCCAUGGUGGGGUGGAGGUCCCCAUGGGGCUCAAUGCUGGGGAGGGGGGGGAGGGGACAAACGUCAUGGGGCUCAGUGCACUGUGGGGGGAUCCUCAUGGGGUUUCGUGCCACGUGAGGUUCUCAUUGGAGCUCUGUGCCAUGGGGAGUCAGGGUCCUAGUGGGGCCCAGUGCAAAGUGGGGGGGUCCUCAUGGGGCUCAGUGCCAUGGUGGGUGGGGGGUCUUCAUGCUGCCCUGAGGAGCUUCACCCCAUGAACAGAGACCCCCCCCCCAGUGCUGUGAGCCCCCUGCCCACCUCGCAGCCCCUCUCCUCCCCAUCGUGUUAGAGCCGGGGCUGACUGGGGAGGGGGGGGGCACUGAACAGGGGACGCUCCCGUAUUACUAUGAUGAUGAUUAUGAUGUUGAUUAUUAUUUUUAAUAAAGAAAAU